AUUGCCCUUCCCACCUUUGGUUACUUGGACUAAUUUGCUUCUUUCUUCUGAAACUGGUUAUUCCUUCCACAGAUGUUGCCGUUUAACUGGCAGACUUCUUCCAGCAUUUUUGUUUUAAUUUCUUGCCUGGGAUUCCAGCAUUUACUUGUUCUCCAGUAGCCAAAUCCAAGUGCAGUCACUGUUUGCAAAUGUGGUAGCCAUUGAACUGCUUGCUCGCUCGGCUGCGUUGCGGGGAAGUUGAAAGCUUCAAGGCGUUGAAAUCUCUCUCUUUCUCGAGGAGGAAAUCCCCCGCCGGGGCGGCCCUCCCUCGCGCGGACAUUGUGAAGUCACCGGAGAGACAAUGGGCCGGGCAGGGCGUGACACGGGCUCCAGCGCCCGCUCCGGGGUUCAGUUCUCCUCAGCGGUCGCCGGGAGAUGCACCGAGAAUACAGGCAGUGUGCCGGGGCACUCGACUCUCACGCCUAAUUACUAUGGUAUUUGAAGGCACUUAAAUAAUUGGUCAUAGACCAGUGCAUUGUUUAACUGAAGAUGGCUGAUCACCUGUCUUUACGGCAGUCACAAGAAAAGACACGUGCCUCAAAAACUGAUCAAACUAUAUAUUCACAUCAUUUCCUAAUUCCAAAUGCUGUUACGUCAAAAAAGAUUUAUUUUUAUAAAAGUGGAGACCCAAUGUUUUCUGGAAUUAGGAUGGCUAUCAACCGUCGUACCUUUAAGACAUUUGAUUCUUUAUUAGAUGAUUUGUCUAACAAGAUUCCAUUGCCAUUUGGAGUACGAAGGAUUACCACGCCCCGCGGUGGUAAUAGUGUGAGAAGUCUUUCAGAUCUUAAAGAUGGACAAUCUUACAUUUGCUCUGACCAAAGAAAAGUGAAGCCAAUUAACCUUGAGAUGGCUAAGAGGAAACAACAUCCCUGGUUUAUUAGCAAAUCAUUUCAUAGAGAUCCGUCUACAGAACAGUCCAGAAUUAAAGUUUCCAAAACAUUUUAUGAGGAUUCACCACAAUCCACAGGAAUUCCAAAGAAACUUAUCAUUUUCAAAAAUGGCGAUCCUAAUUUCAGACGUAAUCUAGUUAUGAACAAGCAAACCGUGGGAACCUUUGAUGUACUACUAAAUUCUAUUACUGAGCUAAUGAGUUUUAAUGUGGUACAACUAUACAGUACAGAUGGGAAAAAGCUUGAAACCCUCUAUCCGGUGAAGAAUGUAUUAGAUGCUGUGGUUGCUGCUGGUCGAGAGGCAUAUAAGCCGAGAAAAUAUGAUAUUUCAAAAUUGGUCCUCCCCCAUAGAUUACCACCUAUGACAAAUCGUGUUCAUCCCAAUAGUGUGAGCAAAAUAGACACCAGAUUCCGAAAUAAGUGGAAGAUAACUGUUCGCACCGGUGAUCUACCAACUGCAGGUACAACUGCUCAGGUUCACAUCGUUCUCUAUGGGGACGAGGGAAAUUCAAGAAUACAUUUACAUCGUGGAGGUUCGCACGCAAAGUUUCAAAGUGGGCAAAAAGAUGUUAUAAUUGUAUGUACUGUAAACACAAAGAAUAUUGGAAAAUUAUACAAAAUUCGCAUUGGGCACAACAAUACCGGAAAAUUCCCUGGAUGGCACUGUAAAUCGAUCCAUUUACAGAAUACUUCCUCGGGUAAAGAGUACCACUUUAAUGUAAAUAGCUGGAUGGAUCGGAAUAAAGGCGAUGGAGAAGUCUGCAGAGAAAUGCCUGUGUUGGAGAAUGGCAAAGAAGUCUUCCCAGUGACUGACUAUGAGAUCUUCAUUGUAACUGGAGAUCUUUGGAAUGGUGGCACAGAAGCCAAUGUCUACAUUGUGAUAUAUGGCAAGAGAGGUGAUACAGGUUCAAGACAGCUUCUUAGGUCAAAUAAUCCAUUGAAGUUUCGAAAGGGCCAGACUGAUAUCUUUUCAUUGAAAGCUGUGCACCUUGGCAAACCACAAAAACUUGUAGUUGGCCAUGACGGUCUUGGUGCAGGACAUGGCUGGUUUCUGGAGAAGAUUACAAUAAAAGACUCUGUUAAAGGCAGCAAAGGAUUUCUUUUUCCAUGCCACAGAUGGCUGGACCAGGGAGAAGAGGAUGGUAAAAUUGCACGGGAACUUUACGUUGCUGAUAACUUUACCUUUCCGGCAAAACAUGAGCUGGAAUUGCGAAGAAAGGAAAUUUAUCUCUCUAAUCAGUGGGCUGUUGAGAAGUGGAAGUUCAUGGCAGGGAGGAUUUUGCAGUUUUAUUGCAAACCAAUUGGAAAGUUCAUACGUCUGAUGCCAGAUGGCACUGUUGAUGCUACUGGAGAGAAGGAUGAUCACAAUGCUCUUUUUGAAGUUUCUGUGCCAAAGAAAGGGAUUCAAGUAUUCAGCAGCGUGGUUACCCCUAAUCUAGCUCUUGCUAUUGGACAUAAUCAUGUCAUUGCUUUGGAGGGAAAUGAAACUCUGUGUGAAUUGACGAUACAUCCUAAGACAAAUUAUUCUGUUAUACUGGAGUCUGUUCAGAUUCCGGGACAAAUAAUCGCAUUUAACAGUGAAGGAAAGCCUGUUGUGGCACCGUCAAAAGAAAAUCCAGAAAUUAUCAAGGACUUUAUUGUUCACGUUAUGAAUGCAUUCGAGGAUGGUGCAGUGCUUCUGCUGAAUACUAGUCUUUACCAGAGUCUUUGUAUCACUACCAAAGGAGCCUGCCUCGGAACAGGAAAACAAUUUAAAAUAUCUUAUUUGUUGUUGCACAAAGUCAGCCCAACGGUUUACAUGUUUGAGAGUGUACAGAAACCAUUCAAAUUCAUACAAAUGAAAAAUGGUAAAUGUGAUGGACAGGGCAUAGGAGAUGAGUUCUGUCAAUUUCGGGUCCAAAGAAAUUUAGAAAAUGCAACUAUAAGCCUCGAGUCUGUGAUGAGCCCAGGAAUGUAUCUUGGUCUUCUCCCAGAUGGCAACACAAGACCAUUUGAAUCUUCUGAAGGAAUCCAUACCAUGUUCUACCCCCAGGCAAUUAACAGGAUUGAUGGACCAACAGAUUUUAUUUAUUUGCGUUACUUCAAUGAACGUUUAUUUCAUUCUUAUUUCAUGUGUACACUGUACUACAACAGAUUUUCCAGUGAACCCAGUGAAUUAAAGGAAGCUAAUGAAAGGAAAUUGAGCCCCACAGUGGCAAAGGAGAAGCAAAUAAAAAGCAAAAGUUUGGGUGUCCUUUUGGAAAUUAAACAAGAGAAGUCAAAGAAAAAGACAUAUAUUCAUAGUUCCUUAAAUGAGGGGGCUUGGGGAUGCAUUUGGCUGAAAAUAUUUACGAACAAUAUGCUUUUAAUGUUCCUUUUGAUAGGAAUUUCUCCUGACACAUGGAAAGUGGUGACACAGGCAGGUGAGGCUGGCACUAAAGCCCAAGUUUCCAUGUGGGUAUGUGGCGACAAAUCUACGGCAGGACCAAUAAUUCUUAAAGAAAGCAACAAUACAAAUCCUUUUAUUUCAAAUCAAACUGAUGAGUUUCAGGUAACUUUAAUACAUCGCUCAAAUAGUUUUUUUAUUUCUUUCAAUCUUCAGAUCAAUUUCAAAAAUGUUGGCCGGGUCUUUAAAAUCCGCAUUGCACAUGAUGGUUCAAGCAACCAGUCGGACUUGAAGCUGAACAAGGUAUGGAUGGAACAUUUAGAAAAUGGACACAUUUUAAAAUUUGAGGCAGACAGAUGGUUAUCAUUUCAUCAUGAUGAUGGAGAAAUUUUACGUGAAUUCCCUGUCAUACGGGAAGAUACAGGCAAGCCAAUUUAUCCAGUAAUGAAAUACCAAGUACGUAUACAUACUGAACAUUUGGAAAAUGAUGAUUCAUAUCUUCCCAUCUACAUCUGCAUCUAUGGGAAAAGAGGAGACACUGGACUCCGUUAUCUAUACACAUUUGAUCACUCUGCCAAAUUGGAACAUGGACAGGUAUGUUUGUGGCCAGAUCAUAAGGUGGACAUGUUAAUGAUUGGAUUUUUCCAAUUGGAAGCUGUGUCCUUGGGUGAGCUGCAGAAAGUGCUCCUGCACACUGAAGCCAAUGACAAACAACCUUGGUUUUGUGAACAAGUGGUCAUUAAAGAGCAGGAUAACAAUCAAUUAGAAUAUGUCUUCAACUGUAACAGGUGGUUUCCAUAUACCUUAAUGGAUGUUUUGCAUACAGAUAUUAUGAUCCCACUUUCUGAAAUUCAUGAAGAAAUGGAUUCUAGCCCACUUGAAAUUGAACAAGAAAUUCAUGAAGAAACGGAUUCUAACCCCUCUGAAAUUGAACAAGAUGUUCGUGAAGAAAUGGAUUCUGGCCCCCCUGAAAUUGAACAAGUCAAAAGUCGAAUCUCUUAUAUGAGUAAUGAUAUUCUGCUGCAAGUAGUGAGCGCUGUGAAGAGCAGUCCAGUGUAUUCAUUGCAACUGGACGAGUCAAAAGAUGUUGCCUCAUGUUCCCAACUACUAGUCUACGUUUGUUACCUCGACGGAGAAGUCAUGAAGGAGGAGGACCUGUUCUCUGAGCCAUUGGCCACUACCACUCGGGGAGAAGAUGUGUUCAGAAUGCUGGAAGCCCUCAUCAAACAUGAGCUUGGCUGGGAACGAUUUGUCAGGGUGGAAAUUCAUGAAGAAACGGAUUCCAGCCCCCCUGAAAUUGAACAAGAAAUUCGUGAAGAAAAGGUUUCUAGCCCCCCUGAAAUUACUCAAGGAGAUAAGUGGGAGGUGUUAGUCACUACUGGAAAUUUCAAAAGCGCUGGGACCGAAGCUACUGUCAUCAUGCAUAUCUAUGGGGACAAAGGAACGUCAGGCCCAAUUGUCUUAGGCACUGGAACGCAUCAGCUAUUCAAACCACAAAAUACGGAUGUAUUUCAGAUUAAUCCAACUGAUGUUGGGGAGCUAUAUAAAAUUCGUAUCGGCCAUGACAAUGUUGGAGAGAAACCAGGCUGGUUUGUGGAUGAUAUAAAAAUGAAAGAAGUAAAAACCGGACGGAUUAUCAGUAUUCCUGUCAACCGUUGGCUUGACGAGACUCAAGAUGAUGAAGAUGUGUGGAGGGAAUUUCCUAUAAGCAAACCAGGAGAAAAGCCACUUCCGGUACUGCUUUAUUAUGUUCACGUGUUCACCGGUGACAAACCUGAAGCAGACACCGAUGAUGAUGUUUUCAUCAACAUAUUUGGUGAAAGAGGAGACACAGGCAAACGGAAACUACAUAAGUCGCAAAACAGUCAAAUAAAAUUUCAAAAAGAGCAGAUAGAUACCUUCAUUCUUGAGGCAGUUUCUGUUGGAAUACUUAAAAAGAUUGUAAUUGGACAUGAUGGUGUGAAAGCAGGUACGGUGUAAUCGAUUUAGCUACAUUUGAACUCCUAGUCAAUAUGCAGAGGAAAAUCACAGGGACAAGAGCCUAGUUCUAAUAGUUAUUUAUAUGCAAGCUUAUGCAACCAAGCAACUGCUGUUUUGCAGAAUGCUACUUUUACGAAUAGUAACACAAUUUGCU